AGACUGGAGGAACAUGGUUGGUUAUGCCUGCUAAUUGGUCAAGGCUUGCUGUCUUCAGGACCCAGACAUUUUUCAAAUAAAUGGAGAAAUAUGAUGGAUUUCAGAAAAAUCAAGGUGCUUGUUUGCCUUGUGGGGCUCAGCUGUGGCAGCUUAUAUUAUUUUUACAUGAAUUUGACCGGACUGUCUGUAUUCUAUGGCAAAAAACAAAAUAGUACACUACAAACAUUUAGGAAAAUUGAAGAAAACUUCUUGCAGCUCCCAGAUAUAGAUUGCCGUAAGGACCCACCUUUCCUUGUACUACUUGUGGCAUCCUCAUGUCAAGACAUCAAUGCCAGGAUGGUCAUCCGGCAAACCUGGGGGAAGGAGAGAACGGUGGCUGGCAAGCAUCUAGUGACAUAUUUCCUCUUGGGAACCCCUGUGAAUCUUAGGCAGCAGGCUGACAUCAGUGCUGAAAGCCAAAAAUACAAAGACAUUAUUCAAAAGGAUUUUAUGGACACAUACUACAAUUUGACUUUAAAGACCAUGAUGGGAAUUGAAUGGGUUCACCUGUUUUGUAACCAGUCCAGCUUUGUGAUGAAAACUGACACAGAUGUGUUUGUCAAUGUUUUUUACCUCACUGAGCUGCUUCUAAAGAAAAAGAGGAAAACAGGGCUUUACACAGGCUUUCUGAAACUGCAUGAGAAACCCAUAAGGAAAAAAAAGAGCAAGUGGAGUGUGAGGAUAGAAGAAUACUCGGGUAACACCUACCCACCAUUUUGUUCAGGGACUGGCUAUGUUUUAUCCACCGAUGUUGCUAGUCAGAUCUAUCAUGUUUCGGGGAGCAUUUCAUUCAUCAAACUGGAGGAUGUGUUCGUAGGACUGUGCCUUGACAAAUUAAAAAUUCGGCCUGAGGAGCUUCAUUCAGAACAGACAUUUUUUCCAGAAAAGAUUCCGUUCUCUGUUUCUCGUUUUAAGAAAAUCGUGACUUGCCAUGAAGUAAGCUUAUCCGAACAGCAGAGCUACUGGAAUCACUUAGUGACAGAAGAACAUGCGAGAGUGCUCUAGCACCUUCCCU